AUGGGUUCCGGCGACUUGAACAUGAAGAAGAGUUGGCAUCCCCAACGAUCGGGGAAUGUCGCGGCAACACACAAGGCCGAGGCCGAGGCAAUCGCCGAACGCAAGAAGCUACAGCAGCGUCUUCAGGAAAUUGAGGAGGAGCGAAAGAAGGAGGAAAUUCAAAAGGCGCUCGAAGCCGCGGGCGGGAAGCCCAGAUUGCAACGGGUGGAAUGGAUGUACUCUGGCCCUACCGACGGCCAAGCGGGCGACGCGGCCGAGAACGAAUCCUACCUACUUGGCAAACGCCGAAUCGACAAGCUCCUCCAGGACAACGACAUCAAGAAGUUACAGAAGCAGCCGAGCCAGGAUGCACUCGAAGCGGCGCCGAUUGGCGCCCUCGCCAAUCCCCGGGACGUAGCGACGAAGAUUAGGGAGGAUCCCUUGCUCGCGAUCAAGCGACAGGAGCAGCAGGCGUACGAGGCAAUGAUGAACGACCCGAUCCGGAGGCGGCAACUACUGGCAUCGAUGGGGAUCGACGACUCACAGGAUAAGGCCAAGCGCAAAGAAGAGAGACGGCACAAGCACCGCCACUCACACCGAUCGCGCCGUCAUCACGAUGACCGAGACGAAGAGAGGCAUUCUCGCCGGCGUAGGUCCGACUCGAGAGACCGUUCACGGAGCCCGAGGGGAUACGGUUCAGGGGAAGAGGACCGGAAGAGGAGGAGGAGAGACUCGCGCGACAGGAGGCGGGACAGGUCGGUAUCCGCGGACUCGCGGGAUAGGAGAGAAAGACGAGACAGGCGUGGUGAUCGGGAUCGGGAUCGAAGAAGCAGCCGGGAUAGGAGGGAUAGACGGAGUAGGAGCCGGGAAGAUGGGAAUAGGGAUGGUCGAUUUAGGGUAGAAUCCCGGUCGCCAUCCCCGGCACCGCGUCGGAGGGAGUACUCCCCAGAUGGCGACGAUCGAAGAAGAAGAGACCAAUCGUCAGAGCGACCUAGAUCACCACGAAGACGUAACGAAGACGCCGACGGAUACCGCUCUCACAACUCACGCCGGAACCACGACCACCGUCGCGACCGCGCUCCCCCAAGACAAGGCGACCGUCCUCCGCAGACCCGCGAUUCGAACAACGACAAGGCGGUCGAGGAGGAGCGUGCGCGUAAGCUCGCGGCCAUGCAGGAAGCCGCCACAGACCUCGACAAGGACCGCGAGCAUCGGUUAGCCCUUCUGGCGGAGCAGGAGCGUGCAGCGCAGGAGAAGGACGACCAAGUGCGGCAGCGCAACAAGCGGUUUGGCGGCGACGCGGGUUUCAUGAACCAGCUCCACAGCAGGGCGACUGAGUUGAAGGUGGCAGAUCGCGUGGGCAGGCGGUAG